UGGCUGCCUGCCAGGUAAAUAUUCAACAGAGGAUGCUAGCUAUGCUCAUGUCUGACACAACAAAAGGACAGCAACUCCUGAGUAACUGGAGCAAAGAUGAAACCACAUGCUUUAUCGAGGACAUUAAGUUUUAGACGUCAGACUGAGAGCCUGUAGCCAUGGAUGGGCAUUCUACCAAAAAUGAAAGCACCUUCCCCAGCUUCGUGGAUCUGGAUGAUUUUCUUAACAAGCACAACUCAAACUUCAUCUGGCUCCUCGUUGCCACCAUUCUGUCCUGUGGAUGGAUCAUCUAUUUAACUUAUUACAACUCCCGCAACAUUGGCCUCAUCCUCACCCUCAUCAUCAACAGACUCUACAAGGAUGGCUACAUUCACAUCGGCUCCUUCUCCUUCUCUGUUCUGUCGGGGAAAGUCAUGUUCAGAGAUGUGUACUACAUCAACCAAGACAUGUCUAUCAGGAUACAGGAUGGCUUCCUCAUAUUUCGUUGGUGGAAAAUGUAUAACCCGAAACAGAAACAGCAUGACCCCAAGGCAGAGACCAGGCUUUACGUGACCGUUAACGGCUUUGAGUUUCAUGUCUACAAUCGGACCGACCUCUACGCCCGCCUGCAGGAGACCUUCGGACUAGAACCCACGCUCAUAACGCCCAAAAAAGAUGAAGAGAGGGGACGAGAAGACAGAAGCAAGACCCUGGAAAGUGUGGACAUCAAAGCAGAGAGUCCAGACCCCACAUCUUCUUGGCGCUCCCUCAUUCCUGUCAUCAAAGUUAACAUCAGCACCGGUCGCUUGGCGUUUGGGAACCACUACCUUCCACAGACUCUGUGUGUGAACUUCGAGGAUGCCUUCCUGACGUACGCCACCAAGCCUCCAUCCAGCCACCUGGACCAGUACAUGCACAUCGUCAAAGGCUCACUGGAAAACGUGCGUGUCAUGCUGGUUCCCAGUCCGCGUUACUUGGGAAUGCAGAACGAUGAACCUCCCAGACUGAUGGGUGAAGGCUUUGUGGUGAUGCAGUCCAAUGAUGUUGACAUCUAUUACUACCAGGAUGAACCCGGUUUGGUCCCUGUGGAACAGGAGAGUGGAGAAGAGGCGGAGACGUGCAGUGAGGGCGAUAAGCUCCAGGAUUUACCUCCAUGUUGGGGUCUGGAUAUUGUCUGUGGGAAAGGAACUGACUUCAACUAUGGGCCUUGGGCGGAUCGCCAGAGGGACUGUCUGUGGAAGUUCUUCAUUCCGGCUGAUUACCAGGCCAUGAAAGUGACCGAGGUCGCGCAGCCAGGAAAACCCAGGCAGAUCCAGGCCUUCGAGCUGCGCAUGAACAUCAUUGCUGACGCCACCAUCGAUCUGCUUUUCACCAAAAACAGGGAAACCAAUGCCAUCCAUGUGAAUGUAGGUGCAGGCUCUUACUUGGAAGUGAACAUCCCCAUGACUGUAGGAGAGAACGGCUACUCUCCCACCAUCAAAGGUCAGCUGCUGCACGUGGACACCACCAGCAGCAUGCAGUACAGGACUCUUCUGGAAGCCGAGAUGUUAGCUUUCCAUGUGAUAGCCAGUUACCCUCGGGUGUGGAACAUGCCUCAGUCGUGGCAGUGUGAGAUUGAGGUGUACAAGGCCACCUACCACUUCAUCUACGCCCAGAAAAACUUCUUCACCGAUUUGAUCCAGGACUGGGCGAGCGACAGCGCCCCUGAUAUCUACUCCUUUGUGCCCUACUCCUGGAAAUUCAAGAUCCUUUUCCACCAGUUUGAGAUGAUCUGGGCAGCAAACCAGCACAACUGGAUUGACUGUUCGACCAAACAGCAGGAGAAUGUGUACCUGGCAGCGUGCGGUGAGACGCUCAAUAUAGACUUCACUUUGCCUUUUAAUGAGUUUGUUCCAACCACCUGCCAUACCCGCUUCAGCCUGAAGGCGGAGGAUACAGACAUGCGACUGUCCCUGCCAGAGUGCCACCCGAGCCGCUACCCUCUCCUCACCCUGGCCAAAGACUACCAGAACGUCAAGCUGCCCCCAGACAUGUUCAUGCCAGGGGAGAAUCAAGGUGCUCCCCCCCCCAAACCCACCAAGUCUCGCUGGAGGAACAUCACCCACGCAGAAGCUGGCUGGGUGGAUUGCUGGAGUGUACCCAACUUCUUGCUCAUCAUUGACUACACCUGGCACCCCAUUUAUCCCCAGAAGGCUGAUGAGCAACUCAAACAGUCAUUUUCUGAGAUGGAGGAAUCCAUGCUGUCAGCUCUGCGUCCCCCGGAGCACACAUCCGUACCCCACAGUGCCCAGCCACGCUUUGCCACAUCUUCGUCAGCUGCUCACAGCCGGGUGCCCACUGACCCCUCAGAGCUGCCCCCUGACAGGCUCCAUGUGGAGAUGGAAAUGUCUCCAGAUUCUCAAAUCAUCCUCUACGGGCCUUUGCUCCGAGCGCUGAUUUCCAUCAAGGAAAACUAUUUCGGUGAGGAUGACAUGUACACAGACUUUGAGGAGGCGGUGUCCAGCCCUGUGUUGUCCACCUCGACCUCCUCGGGCCUCGGCUGGUCUCCUCUGGGCAUGGAGGACAGCGAACAGAAGGAAACCUCAGACCUCCAUCCCUUGGACCUGCGCCCCUGGGACAUCACUGUGCUCAUCAACCUCUACAAAGUCCACGGCCGACUGCCAAUGCACUGCAGCAGUGAGGGUCCCGAAGGUCCAUCCGGCUUCUUGGAGCGACUGUGUUUUGAGAUGAAAAAGGGUUACAAGGAGACGAUGCUUCAGCUGCUCCUGUCUCCCAUUCACAUCUUCAUCAGUGACAACUACCAGCGUCCCACAUCAGAUGGGGUCUUGAGGGACGGCCACCUCAGUCUGUCUGGCCUGCAGAUGAGGGCCCAUGCCAUGUUCUCCGCCCAGGGCCUUCCUCUAGGCAGUGACACGCUGGAGUACGCCUGGCUCAUUGACAUGCAGGCUGGGGGGCUCACCGGCAGGGUCACUGUUCCACAGGUGGCCAGCAUCAUAGAGUGGGGUGAAACUUUCCUUUUCCACGUGGUGUCCCGAGAGUUCCAGCUAGAACAACCCAAGCCCUCUGUCAUCUGCCAGCACGGCGUUGACCGUCGCAUCUGCGAUGCCAAGCUGAGCUGCCUGCCAGGUCACUGUCGCACAUCAGAGGAGCUGAAGUACACCAUGACCCGACUGGCCAUGGAUGGAGUUGACCUCUUCAUCGUGGAGCAUGGCUGUGCUGCCAAUAUCAAGACGGGUAUUAUUCGCGUAGCCAACUGCAACCUGCACAACCAGGCAGUGGGAGAGGGCAUCAGUGCUGUGGUGCAGGACGUAAACAUCCGGCAGUACAUUGAACAGCAGCAGCACAGCGAGGCGACCAGGCUGCAGCCAGCCGGACAGGGUCAAGGUCCGGGUCAGCCGCUAGGUCCCGGUCAGCCCCCUCUGCUGCGACGCUCUGUCUGGCUGGAGGCGGGUUCAGUCAACCUGAACCUCAUCACUGCAGACAUUGCCUUGGCCGCUGACCACCCAGCCAAAUGUGAAGUCCAGAGGCAUUUUCUGGAACUACACGAUGCUCAGACAAAAAGACUCUGGUUCCUGUGGCCAGACGAGCCUGGCAUUCGGAACAAGCGCGGCAGGAACCGCUGCGGCUGCCUCGGAGGCUGCAGGUUCUUCGGAGGCACCAACAUGGGCUUGGACUUCUUCAAGCUCGAAGAGCUGACGCCGUCUUCCUCGUCUGUGUUCUCCUCCUCCAGCUCUGAGUCAGACAUGUGUUACGGCCAGUCCUUGCUACAGCCUGGGGAGUGGAUCAUUACAAAGGAAACCCCCAAAGUGGAUGGGAGAGUUGUCGGACUGAAAACGGACACACAUUCGCCGUGCCUGCCUCCUGAGCUGCCUGAGAGGCGAGGUCAGCAGCACCUGAGUCUCCAGGUGCCCCAGCGCUCCCACAGCUCCGCCUCCUCGUCUGAAGAGAACAGCUCGUCCAGUGCCGCGCUGCCCCUGCUGGCCGGAGAGAGGGACAGCCCCUCGCCAAGCACAGAGGAGCGUGUGUUCCCCAUGAAUGGCAAAAGCCCUGCGGACACUAUAGGGGAGGUACCCGAGGUCUCACCAGUCUCACCCAACAGCUCCCAGGACCGCUCCUCAGUGCGCUCCCCCCUCUGCUCUCCUCUCAAGCGCCAGUCCUCUGUACACUCGGGUCGGCUGGGCAGCACCAAGAGCCUCUCAGCUGCCGUCUUCACCGACAAGCCUCCUCCGGUUCUCUCCGGAGGCGUCCAGUUCAGCAGCGAGGUUUCCCGCAGCGACGAGAACGUCCUGGAUUCGCCACGUCAGCGCAGAAGCUACGGCUCCUUUCCCUUCACGCCCUCCGCGGACUCCAACACCUUCCAUCAGUACCGCUCUGCUGACUCGAGCAUGUCUGUGGCUGACAGCGAGGCCUACUUCUCUGCCGCUGAGGACUUCGAGCCAAUCAGCAGCGCUGAUGAGGGUCCGGGGACGUACCCGGGCCGCAAGAAGAAGAGGAGGCAGCAGAUGCAGCAGCCCCAGCAGCCUCCGUAUCACAUGGAGAACUACAGCCGGAGCUCCAUCUACCACAGCGUCGAGGGUCCCCUCACCUACGUUCUCAACGGGGAGUUGAUCACUGAGCCACGGCCUCUGCCGCUGCCCCCAAUACUGCCCCCACUCCCGCCUCAGCCACUACCCAGCCACACAUCCCAGGCCUCUUUCGUCUCAGCCCUGGCCAUGGAGGAGGAGAGCUCAGUGGAAGCGGAGAAGACAGCUGAACCCGGACCGGUCACCCGACAGCCCCACGUCAUGGCGUGCUACCAGAACUACCUGGCCCAGUACCAGGUCUCAAAUUGGUCUGUCAAGCAGCCCACCAAUAAGAGGACCUCCAAGUCUUCUCUGCACCGCCCCUUAGAUCUGGACACUCCCACCAGCGAAGAGAGCUCUGCCUCCUUUGACCAGCUCUCUGUGCCCAGCUUUAAGGUGAUAAAGCAGGGCCUGUCAGCCAGUUCCCUGCUGGAUAGAGGAGUUCAAUUGAUGGGAGACAAUAACAGUACACCAUAUACCCCUCUGGAUAAGAGAGCCAUGGAGAACACAGAUGAGGACACAACAACCGAUGACUGGACUCUGGAGCAGCCUUUAGCUCAGACCAGGACCACUGCCAUUGUGGAGGUGAAGGGGGCCAUCAAUGUGGUGCUCACACCCCUUGUGGCUGAAUCCCUGGACAGGUAUAUUGAGUCCAUGGUCCACUUUGCUAGUAUUCGCCACCCUGCAGCAAUUCUGGACGACCUUCACGGGAAAGUCCUCAAUGAAGCCUAUCAGAUCAGCAAGUCCACCGUCACUGAGUCUAGCCAAACGGGCAAGCAGGAGCACAAGCUGUCCAAGACAGAGGGCACGACCCCUGGCUCCAUCAACAUCUCCCAAGGCCAGACGGACCUGUCCGUCAAACCAGAUAAUGUGAAAAUCAAGGGCCUCCAAGCCAACGUCUCCAUCCCCAAGGUGAACCUUUGCCUCCUUCAGGCUUCUGUAGAGGAGGGGUCACCGUCUUGCUCCAGUAAGUGUGUCACGCAUGUGUCUCUUGUGGCGCUGUGCUUCGACAGGAUUGCAACCCAGUUCAGGAUGAACAGGGGUAUCGUGGAAGAGACUCCCAACACCACGGAACAUGGCCGACCCUCUGUCAUGUUGGAGAAAUACGCCUCAGCCACCAAGAUGCAGCCUCAGUCAUCUGGCUCUCUGCGCUCCAACGCCGGCAUCGAGAAAGGCAAAGAGAUCGCCGCUCGGCUAAACAUCCACCGUAUCCACAGUCAGCUUCGAGGCCUGGACUCCACAGACAUCGGCACAUGUGCCAUCACAGCCAUCCCUUUUGAGAAGUCCAAAGUGCUGUUUGGCCUGGAGGAAAUGGAGGAAUUUUCACUGGUAGAUGAGACAGAUGCCCAGGCCACCUCAGGUGAUCUGAGUCGGUCCACAGCAUCUCUUGAGAAAUGGGGCUGGAUCAUGUUUGAAUGUGGAAUCGAGAACCUCACAGUCAAAGGGGGCCGCCAGUCAGGAGCCAUUCUUUACAAUGCAUUUGGUGUGAUGGGACGCUCAGACACUGGGGGGAAGACGGGAAUAUCCAAGUCCAAUGGUUCGACAGGCUCUCAGACAGGAAGUGGUUACAGCACCGACGUCUCUGAUGACAACCUGACACAUGAUGCCAUCAGCCCUGCUUCUGAUGUGAAUGAACACUCGGAUUCAGACGACCAAGAUGAAGGGGUCGAGUCAGACGACCUGAAGAAAGACCUCCCCCUCAUGCCCCCGCCGCCUGACUCCAGCAGCAUGAAGCUGACCAUCAGAGAGAUCUGGUUCAGUUUUGCUGCUCCAACUAAUGUGCGUUCACCUUCACAGGCCAUCUCCAGGCAGUUGAAUCUGCUCAGCACAGCCACACCUGCCAUCGGAGCCUGGCUGGUUCCCAUCGACCAGCUCAAAUCUUCUCUACGCAAACUGGACAUGGAGGGCACACUGCGCGUGUGUGCUGUCAUGGGUUGCAUCAUGACAGAAGCUCUUGAGAAAAAGAGCAUCCACAUCCCGAUCCGGAGCAAAUACAACCGCGUGACUAAACGAGCUCGCUACCUGCAUGAGAAUCCCUCCUGUAUGCUUUGUAACAUCCUGCACCGCUAUCUGCAGCAGGCUGACUACUCUGUCAUAGAGGAAGCUACCAUGAAUGAUGGUGUCCCAGCCCUUGUGACUCUAAAGAAAGGUCUGGUAGCUCUGGCCAGACAAUGGAUGAAAUUCAUCGUGGUAACUCAGGGCUUCAAGGCAAUUGGUCUGAUGAGGCCCAAUCAGCUCACCAAACCCAAGGAGCCUCAGCAGAGCCUGGGUGAGACCAUCCUGGGCAUGGACAACGGAGCUGCGCUGCAGAGUGACACCAGCGCCGACGGAGCUGAAUUCGAAUUUGAUGCAGCCACAGUGAGUGAACACACCAUGCUGCUGGAGGGAGCAUGCAGUCGCCCCCCACCUAAAGAAGCCAACUCUGGUCCUGUCAGCGGAGUGGAGAUCAUGAGGAAACUGUCCAAAUCCCACACACACAGCGAGUCUGCUCUCAGGAUAAAGGGCUCCCAUCCAUACCAGUCGCUGAGCUACACCAGCGGUGACACAGCAGCUGACUCACCCGCCCAUGUGAGCCGCGCAGGCCUGCCAGCCAAGGACAGCCCCAGGAAGGAGAGUCUCCUGAGCAAUCUGACGGGCAGCUUUCGGAGUCUGCACAACCUGCUGGAGGGCACGCCUCAGAGGAGCGAGCCGUCCGCCGCCGCUGGCGCCAAGAGCAGCUCGCUCACUCGCACAGGAAACAGCCUGGGGACAGACAUGCUAACAGAGCACCCACUGCUGUCUGAGCCCUCCUCCGUCAGUUUUUACAACUGGAUGUCCAAUGCUGUGGGCAACAGGACUGGAGCUGGAAACCAGGAGUCCCCCCUCAACCGCUCCCAGCACAACAGCCUACAGACAGGUGGGACGUGCAACCUGCCCACAAUUCCCUCAGCGUCAGACUUCAACACGGUGCUGUCCAGCGACCAGAACACCCUGGAUGGGACCCACUCCCAGCAUUCCCAGCACAGCACCAGCCAGGACGACAUGGCUGACAUUGAGGAGGGCAACCAGUGUCCAGCUGCUGUUCAGCUGGCCGAUGCUCAGGUUGUUUUCAAGCCUUUGCUGAGCUACACAGGCAUCCAGGCUCAAGACACCACUCCUCUUAGUUACAAGAUGUAUUUUGGAGAGCACCUGUCUUUUUCUGGCAACCUCGAGUGUCUCAGAGCAGACAUAGUCGACUCCGACACCUCCAAAGAGCGCAAAAACAAACGAUCCAGGAGACAAGGCAUGGUAAACCUCCCUCCACUCGAGUUCAAGCCAGCGCUGCUGAUUGAGACGUUCAGCCUGAAUGCAGUGGUGAUGGAGAAGUCAACCAGCGCCCCACAGGGCCCCACGGCAGCCCCGCUCUCCUUCCAUGACCUCAACCGCCGCCACUACAACACUUUCCACUGUGAUUUCACUACAGCCUGCCAGGCCAUCAGCCAGCGUGUCGACAUGGCCCUGGUGCGCCUCAUCCACCAGUUCAGCACCAUGAUCGACGACAUCAAGGCCACGCAGACCGACAUCAAGCUGAGCCGCUACACCGCCGGCUCCGCUUCCCCGACGCCCACUUUCAAGGCCCGGCCCUACCGCCACUUCAGGUCGUCGGACUUCAGCCGCAGCUCCCGGGGCAGCCUGAACGGGGCAGGGCGCAGCGGAACCCAAACCCUAAAGAGCAAGAGAGGUGGGGGUGGAGCGGCAGGAGCAGGUGGAGGAGGAGCAGGGGUCGCUGGGCCUUUACCACCUAACGGACCUCCAUCAGGCAUGGACACGCUGGGGAGAAGAGAACCUCGAGGACGCAGCUCCCUUGGACGUUCAGAGCGACGCACUUCCAAGGUGUCGCGGAAGGGCUCCCGUGACGUGGCGGACCACAUGGCAAUCCAGAUGGACGACUCAGACUCCAUCACGGUGUCAGAGCAGAGCGAGCCGUCAGCAGAAUGUUGGCAGAACAUGUACAAGCUGCUCAACUUCUACUCCCUCAUCUCCGAUCCCACUGGCAUCCUGGAGAAAAGCUCCCCAGAGAACUGCCUCUCAGAAGGUGGCCGUCGGCCCUCGGAGCCGCUCUGCAAAGUGAUCUUUGAGAACGAGCAGCAGGACCCCACCACGCCCAACAAGCCCCCUGGAGCAGGCGGGAGGCGGCGUAGCCUGGUGAGCUCCGAGCCCCAGCACGUCACGCUCAUAGUGUUCGGCAUCGGCAUGGUGAACCGCACCCACCUGGAGGCCGACAUCGGCGGGCUGACCAUGGAGGCCGAGCUCAAAAAGAUCCACGGAAGUUUCACUCUGAAGGAGAAGAUGAAAGAUAUCCUGCACCAGAAAAUGACUGAGACGUGUGCGUCUGCUCAUAUAGGAGGGGUAAACAUUGUUCUCCUGGAGGGUAUAACCCCUGACAUCCAAACCGUGGUCAAAUGCAACAUCGCCAAGUCGCAGGCCUUGUACAGCGCUCAGCGAGGACUGAAGACUAACAACGCAGCUGUCUUCAAAGUGGGGGCCAUCAUGAUCAACAUCCCCCAGCACCCGGCUACUUUACACAGCAUGAUGGUCCGCAGUUCCCACCAGCUCUCCAAACAGAUCUCUGACCUCAUUCGCCAACCCUCCAACGCUCAGCCUCCCAACAGAGAGGACACCCCCACCCCACAACCCUCUGACAAAGCAUCCAGCAUCAAUCAGACCCCCGUAGAGGCCAACGAGUUCCCUCAGCUUCCAGAGGGCCUGGAGAAGAAGCCCAUCGUUCUCAAGUUCAGCGCCAUGAUGGACGGCAUCACCAUCGGGGCCGCCCUACUGCCCUCACUGAAAGCAGAGUACAAAAUGGGUCGCAUGAAGAGCCAUGGCAUGACAGGGGCACAAACCAGUUUCACCUUUGAGCUGCCAAACCACAAGCUUUGCUUCCAGUCAAAAGUGUCCCCGGUGGACAUGUCCACCAUGCCGCCAUCGGCCAGCCUCACCCUGCCUCCGGUCACCAUGUCAGGAGAGUACAUCAUGGAGGACCACGAGAGCCACUCGGACCAGGGCUGGGCACCAGACGACUUCCCAGCAAAGCAAGGAAACUACCUGCAAGGCAACUACCUGCGCUGUGUGGCUGAGAUUGGUUCGUUUGAGCACAACCUGACCACAGACCUGCUCAACCACCUGGUCUUCCUGCAGAAGGUUUUCAUGAAGGAGGUCAACGAGGUUAUUCAGAAGGUGUCAGGAGGAGAACAACCCAUCCCACUGUGGAAUGAGCACGACACCUCAACCGACGCAGACAAGCCAAAAAUCCUGCUUUAUUCACUCAGCCUCAUGUUCAAGGGAAUCCAGAUGACAGCAACAACCCCUUCCAUGCGGGCUGUGCGCUUUGAGACGGGCCUGAUCGAGCUGGAGCUGUCCAACAGGAUCCAGUGCAAGACUCAGCCCGGUGGCAGCAGCAGUUACCUGAAACUGUUUGGCAAAUGUCAAGUAGAUCUCAACCUGGCCCUCGGGCAGAUAGUCAAGCACCAGGUGUACGAAGAAGCUGGCUCAGACUUCCACCAGGUGGCGUACUUCCGCACUCGAAUCGGCCUCCGGAACGCUCUGCAGGAGGAGAUCAGUGGCUCCUCAGACAAGGAGGCUGUCCUCAUCACACUCAACAGGCCAAUUGUUUUCGCGCAGCCGGUGGCAUUUGACAGAGCUGUGCUCUUCUGGCUGAAUUACAAGGCGGCGUAUGACAACUGGAACGAGCAGCGCAUGGCUCUCAACAAGGACAUCCAUGUGGCCACCAAAGAGGUGGUGGACAAGUUGCCAGGCAUCCAGCAGACCUCAGCCCAGGCCUUCAGCACCCUCUUCCUGCAACUGACUGUGAACGACCUUGGUAUUUGCCUGCCCAUCACCAACACAUCCCAGAGAGGACAAGUACCAGCUACGGAGGGCAUCGACUCUGAAGCUGUGGCCAGCACAUCAGUAGGCCAGCAUAAAAAUGCACGAAAAGCCAACCACAGCAUAGAUUUUGACGCCGGCUCAGCUCUGGUCCUGACCAUUGAGAGCACACUGAUCACCGCCUGCUCCUCCGAGUCCCUGGUGAGCAAAGGCCACUUCAAGAAUUUCUGCAUCCGCUUCGCAGAGGGCUUCGAGACCUCCUGGGACGACUGGAAGCCUGAAGUCCGAGGGGAUCUGGUCAUGAACGCUUGUGUCGUCCCUGACGGUACAUAUGAAGUAUGUUCCAGGACUACAGGGCAACCCUCUGCAGAGAGCAGUAGCGCUGGCACCUGGACCCUCAACGUGCUUUGGAAAAUGUGCGGUAUUGACGUUCACAUGGAUCCCAACAUCGGCAAGCGCCUCAAUGCUCUGGGAAACACACUGACAUCACUGACGGGCGAGGAGGACAUAGACGACAUCGCCGACCUGAACUCAGUCAACAUGGCGGACCUUUCAGAUGAGGACGAGGCCGACACCAUGUCGCCCACCAUCCACAUGAGUCCAGAGAGCCAGUUCAGCCCUCGGCUGACCUUAAGGAAGCGUCUGGUAAACCACAUCCUGGGCCUGAGCCCCACGCCUGAAAUCAUAUCUGUCCCAUCCGACUACUUAAACUGUGCGUCGCCUCGCCUCCCAGCAGGCAGUGCCAGGGCCCAAAGACCUCUCUCCUGGGCCUGUGAGACCAUUGACCCCAGAAGGCAGAUGGUGAUGGGAAACCAGGUGAUUGACGCUCGAGGCAGGAAGUUCACCAAGAGGGUGGUGGACAUCAGAGAGCUGAACGAACAGGCCAAGGUCAUCGAUGACCUCAAGAAAUUGGGGGCCAGUGAGGGCACCAUCAACCAGGAGAUCCAGCGCUAUCAGCAGCUGGAGUCUGUGGCCGUCAACGACAUCAGGAGAGACGUCAGGAAGAAACUGCGUCGCUCCAGCAUGAGGGCGGCCUCUCUAAAGGAUAAGUGGGGUCUUGGCUACAAACCAAGCUACAACCGCUCCAAAAGUAUCUCCGCAGCAGCAGGCAGACCACCUCUGAAAAGGAUGGACAGACAGAGCUCCAGAAUGGGCGAUGUGGAUGAUUUGCCAGAUAUCCGUGUGGAUGCUUCCUCUCCUGGACCCCGGGUCACGUUCAACAUCCAGGACACACUUAAUAAUCAGGUCUUCGACCCUGCACAAUCACCUGUCAGUCCAGGAGAGAUAUUCAAGUUUCCUGAGGAGACAGAGGUGGACCUGUUGUCAGUCACCGUAGACGAGCCAUCCCAUCCUCAUCAUCACCUUCAUCUUCAUUCUCCAUCCACUGUCGAUGGCCAGCACUCAGUUUUCAGUGCCCCCGGCACCCCUGCUCUCUUCUCACCCACGCUUCCCUUCCAGCACGAUGACAUGAGGCGCGACGACCUGUCCACUUCCUCCUCCGAAGACUCCGAAAAGGAGGACGAGUUUGAACGCGAGAGACUGCCGAGCUAUCGAAGGCCUUUCCAAGCGUCUCACAGGAAGUCCUCAGGCUUUUCUGCUGUGAGUCAGCUGUUCAGCGAGCGCUGGCCGAGCACACCUGCCAACCGCAGCUUCAGUGGCCCAACAACUGAAAGAAACAUUGACUUUGAGCUGGAUGUCCGUGUGGAGAUUGACAGCGGGAAGUGUGUCCUUCACCCCACUACUCAGCAACCCGAGCAUGAGGACAUUUCCUUCAGGAGGAGCUGUGAGCGCAGCCUCAGGAGCCUGGACCAGGAAUCUCCCCCGAAGAAGAAGAAGCUGCAGCCCACCUACACGUCCACCACCCAUCUCUUAGCUGGAAAGAAAUGUCCCUCCUCUCUGCAGACCAAAUCUAAUGACAUGGAGACCACAGUCUUCUACAUUCCAGGGGUAGACGUUAAGCUGCACUACAACUCCAAGACCCUGAAGACGGAGUCACCCAACGCGUCGCGUGGAUCCUCUCUCCCUCGCACUCUCUCCAAAGAGUCGAAGCUGUAUGGUAUGAAAGAUAGCGGCCCUCCCAACCCUCCCAAUGCUGUCCAAAGCAAGACUAACUCGCUCCUACCUCCCCCGCCCCCACCUAUUCCAUCAGCCAAAGGUAAGGGCAGUGGAGGGGUAAAGACGGCCAAGCUGUACGCCUGGGUGGCUCUGCAGACUCUGCCAGAGGAAAUGGUCAUCAGUCCCUGUCUGCUGGACUUCCUGGAAAAAGCACUUGAGACCAUUCCUAUCACUCCUGUGGAGAGGAGCUAUGCAGCUGUAGCUUCCCAGGAGGAGGACAUGGGUCAGUUUGAUACGGUGGAGCAGCUGGAGGAAUCCACCACCUCCCUGGUUUCCUCUUCCACGUCGGCCUACUCCUCCUUCCCUGUGGACGUGGUUGUCUAUGUCAGAGUCCAGCCCUCACAGAUCCGCUUCAGCUGCCUGCCCAUGUCCAGGGUGGAGUGUAUGCUCAAACUGCCCUCUUUAGACCUGGUCUUCUCCUCUAACCGCGGAGAACUGGAGACCCCAACAGGAGCUCACCCCACCGACGGAUCCCACCCGCCCUCCUCCACCCCGCCGGGGCAACAUAUCCCCAAACCGCCUCCCAGCAAAGCAUCUCCAUUGCUGGGGAGCCCUCUGGGCAGGAGCCGCCACAGCAGCAGCCAGUCCGACCUCACCGGCCCCCCCAGUAACUCCUCGGGCCUCAGCUUCACCGCCUGCAUGUCUGACUUCUCCCUCUACGUCUUUCACCCCUAUGGUGCCGGAAAGCAGAAAUCUGCUGUCACAGGGUUGCCUCCGGGCCCAGGGCCAUUAGGCACAGUAGACGAGGAGCCGUCCUCUGUCACAGGAAGAAAAGACUCUUUGAGCAUCAACCUGGAGUUCGUGAAGGUCAGCUUAUCCAGGAUGAGACGAACCGGAGGCCCCACAUUCAUUGAAAGCUUCAUUCCUCCCAAAGGUGGCAAGAUGGACACAACCCUCAUCAACAUCUCAGCUGUGUGUGACAUCGGCUCGGCUUCCUUCAAGUACGACAUGAGACGACUGAGCGAGAUCCUGGCCUUCCCUAGAGCCUGGUACAGGCGGAGUAUCGCCAGACGCCUCUUCCUUGGAGACCAGACAAUCAACUUGCCAGCCUCUGGCCCCGCCACCCCAGACUCGGCUGAAAACGUCACCCAACAUCUGUCCCCCGAGUCCAGUCGGAAAGCUUACUGGAGGACAUGGGACGGCAGCACCGGGACACAGCACAUACCCCAGUCCCCCAAUGUCUUUUCGGAACAUUCCACUGGAAGCAACAUGUCCCCGGGCGGCCUGGGUCACCUCAAGUCCCCUGCACCUGGUCGCACCAGGAGCGUGUCUGAUUCCUCAGCUCCUAGGAGAGACUCGGUGACGAAAACAUCCACUCCCUCCUUCAGUAAAAACGGUAAAGCGGCAGGUCAGCAGGGGGCGCCGUGGGAGACGUUGGUGGUGUUUGCCAUCAACCUGAAACAGCUCACCGUCCAAAUGAACAUGAGCAACGUAAUGGGAAACAACACGUGGACGACCAGCGGGCUGAAGAGUCAGGGACGACUGUCUGUUGGCAGCAACCGGGACCGAGAGAUCAGCAUGUCUGUCGGCCUCGGCCGCUCCAAACUCGACUCCAAGGGUGGGGUGGUGGGUGGCAAUAUAGACGUGAACACCCUGGAGAUGGUCUCCCACAUCUCUGAACACCCGAACCAGCAGCCCAGCCAUAAGAUCCAGAUCACCAUGGGCUCCACGGAGGCUCGGGUGGACUACAUGGGCUCCAGUAUCCUGAUGGGAGUGUUCAGCAACGCUGACCUGCAGCUGCAGGACGAAUGGAAGGUCAACCUGUGCACUGUUGACACCAGCCUAUCAGAGAAAAGUGAGAUCUUCGUCCACGGAGACUUGCAGUGGGACAUUUUCCAGGUGAUCAUUUCACGCUCCACCACACCAGACCUCAUCAAGAUCGGCAUGAAGCUGCAGGAGUUUUUCACUCAGCAAUUCGACACCAGCAAGCGCGCCCUCUCCACCUGGGGCCCCGGCCCCUACCUGCCCCCCAAAACCCCCGUCAUCAACACCGAGAAAGGAGCCGCAGAGCUGUACAUGGACGCGGCCCAUCACCGCCACUGGCCCGGGGUGCUGAAGGUAAUCGCCGGCUGCCACAUCUCCCUCUUCCAGAUGCCUCUGCCCGAGGACGCCGUGCAGCUGGGCGGUUCAAUGAGUCUCCAUGGCAAUCACAUGACGCUGGCCUGCUUUCACGGACCCAACUUCCGCUCCAAAUCAUGGGCUCUGUUCCACCUGGAAGAGCCGAACAUCGCCUUCUGGACUGAGGCUCAGAAGAUCUGGGAGGACGGCUCCAAAGAUGAUUCUACCUACAUUGUUCAGACACUGGAUUUCCAUCUGGGCCACAACACUAUGGUAACCAAACCAUGCGGCGCGCUCGAAAGCCCAAUGGCUACCAUAACCAAGAUAACCCGCCGCCGGCACGAAAACCCUCCACACGGUGUUGCUACUGUCAAAGAAUGGUUCAACUACGUUACUGCCAUGAGGAACGAAGAGCUGAACUUGCUCAGGAACGUGGAGGCCAACAACCAAGAGAGCGGAGUGGCUGCCAAGAGCUCCAGCCUGCUGAGCAGCUUCCGCAGCUCCUCCAGCUACAACCACGAAACGGAGACGAUCUUUGCUCUUCCCAGGAUGCAGCUGGACUUUAAGUCCAUCCACGUACAAGAUCCAGAUGAACCUUCUCUAACAGACUCCACCAGCAAACCCAAGGUGGAGUGCAGCGUUGUGACAGAAUUCACCGACCACAUCUGCGUCACCAUGGACGCUGAGCUCAUCAUGUUCCUCCACGACCUGGUGUCGGCCUACCUGAAGGAGAAGGAGAAAGCCCUUUUCGCCCCGCGGAUGUUUGCGGCUCGGCCAGGCCAGAAGAGCCCCACGGCCCUGCACGACGAAAGCUCCUCGGACAAGGACAAGGACAAGGACGACGGCAUCAACUACACCACGGUGGACUGGAGGGAGUUCAUGUGCAACACCUGGCACUUGGAGCCGACUCUCAGGCUCAUCUCCUGGACAGGACGCAAGAUUGACCCAGUGGGUGUGGACUACAUCCUGCAGAAACUUGGCUUCCACCACGCCAGGACUACCAUUCCCAAGUGGCUGCAGAGGGGUGUGAUGGACCCACUGGACAAGGUGCUGUCAGUGCUCAUCAAGAAGCUGGGCACCGCCCUGCAAGACGAGAAGGAAAAGAAAGGCCGCGACAAAGAGGAACACUGAGGAACGCUCAUACCACUGUAAUCAAAGCUGUGCAAACAUACUCCACUGGUCACACUCACUGGAUGACUGUAUUACAACGGCCACUACUGUACAACGCACUUGUCAAACAUGCCCAUUGCACCUGCUAAACCCUGUGAAUUCUCAGUAUAGUUGUUUACUGUGGUGCACGCUACCGGCGGCUCCAACUGAAGCGUUUUGCACCGAUGUUGUUUUCUGUAUAUUUUGAACAAAUUAGCAGACGUUAGUAUUACUUGACUGCUUUAAUGGUGGUAAACCUGCCUACUUUACCUGUUGUAAAUGACCUUACUGAAAUCGCUUGAAAGUUUGUUUUAAGGCUUACCGAUAUUUCAUGAGAAAUGAUUUCUUAAACCAUUGCCUUUUCUUUGUUUCCCAUGGAACACAUGGUAGAUAUGCUUUAUGUAUUUUAUAGCCUAGUUUUACGAUAUUUAAAACCAGAGGAACAGUUCAGUGACAGUGUUCUUGAUUUUUUUUUUUUUUUUCCCGUUUUUGAGGUGAACAAAUAAAUACUAGACGGUUACGGCACAUCAUCCGCUCAGUCGUGAGGAUGACAGAAACUUGUAAUUAUAAUUUGAAUCAAGAUCAUUAUUUAUGGGUAUGUGAAAUGCAAAGUCUAUAACAUGUAUUAGCUUGGUGUGUCAAGCUUAUUUUUGUCUUUUUUUUUAAAUCCAUGCGGUAGAACCAGUGUACAUAAUUAAAUUUCUUAAAUGUGUUGAUUUCCUAACUUAAUAAAAAUAUUGCCAUUCAAUUGUA